AUGUGGUCGGCCGUCGGGGUCGGCCGUGAUGUGAUGAUCUCGGUCGAUCGUGGUCCAUUGCCUCCCGGGUCGGACGGUGCGGUCGUGCGGCCGGAUCGGUCCUGGAGAAGGCCGAGCGAAGCCAAUUCCCUUCCUGUCCGGCCGAGUGCGUUCGGCCGGCUGUGGACCAGUCUUCAGUACAAACGAAGGCAAAGCUUCGCGGCCGCGCGGCACAACCCAUGUACCGCGGCCGACCAAUCCGCGCGAACAGGAAGGCAUCGUCCCGUGACCGGCCAAGUUUUAUCGGCCAAAACUUAUCUAUCCGUCAGACCCCGUCGACCGAACACGAAAACUGUCGACCACGAUCGUUCCGACCGUACCGAUGGCCGACUACGAUCCGACGACCGGCCGAUCGUCCCGACCGACCGUCCGAACGUCGCGGUCGACCCGAAGCCGUUUUUGAAGCCCAAUUCACACAAUUCAAGCCCAAAGCCGGCACCGACUUACUAG